UGUGUGUGGGAGGUAGGACUGUUGAGAGCAGGUGGAAGCCGCACCGUGUCGCUACUGCUGCUCUCUGCCUGCCGCUCACGAAACACUAACCCAUUGGGGAGAGAGCUGAGAGCGCAGAUCCGAGGCAAGGCAACUCCAGCGCCGCAGUCAAGGAAUAUUCAGCGAACAUCACAACUUAGUUUUUUUGAAAGCACAGCGUUUAUCAGCCUUGCGGCUGCGGAUAGAAGACACGGAACGGGUGGGAUCAUAAUUUGUCACCUCGUCUGAAUAAAUAAGUUAGGCUAAUGAAAUGGCAUUAGGUUUUUCUGUGGUCGCCAGAGUGAACGCUUGACUAUCAGGAGAAUCGAAACGCCGCUCAGCUCGUGAGGGAGUGCAGGGAUCAUAUUUCUCUACUCUCUGUGAUCACAUUACUUGCUCGCAGCCUAGGACCUGGAAUGGACUUAUCCAAUAGCUAAUGCCAAGACUGGAUCUAUUUUAAUAACAUUGUUUUUAAAGACACUGCGUUUUUUUAAAGUUCGCUUCUUCUAACGUUUUUAUAAUUGAAGGGUUGUCCCAAAACUCCGCGGUAAUGGGGGAGCAGCCAAUCUUCACCACCAGGGCCCAUGUGUUCCAGAUUGACCCGACCACCAAGAAGAACUGGGUCCCAGCCAGCAAACAGGCAGUCACCGUGUCCUACUUCUACGACUCCACACGCAACAGCUACCGCAUCAUCAGUGUAGAUGGAUCCAAGGUAGGGGUGAUCAUCAACAGCACCAUCACCCCCAACAUGACCUUCACCAAGACCUCCCAGAAGUUUGGCCAAUGGGCUGACAGCAGAGCCAACACAGUGUUCGGACUGGGGUUCGCCUCCGAGCAGCAGCUGGCCAAGUUUGCUGAGAAGUUCCAGGAAGUGAAGGAAGCAGCGAAGCUAGCCAGGGACAAGUCACAGGAGAAGAUGGAGACAUCGAGUAACAAUUCCCAGGAGUCGGGUCGUGAGACCCCCUCGUCCACCCAGGCCUCCAGCAUCAACGGGACGGACGAUGAGAAGAUCUCCCACGGAGGACCGGAGACCGCAGUGCUGAUGAGCGAGAAUGACAAACUCAAGACCACUGUGGAACAGAGUAACACCAAUGCUAAGAAGUUGGAGACAGAACUCCAGACUCUACGGGACAGUAAUGCUCGGCUGGUAGAUGCGCUAACAGAGUCCUCCGCUAACGUAGAGAUGUGGAAGAAACAACUCAGCACCUGCAAGGAGGAGAGCGACACACUGAGGGAAAAGAUAGCAGAGUUGGAGUCUCAGUGUGAAAAGGCCAAUGUGGAGAAGGAGAGGAACUCUAAGCUGACUGUACGAGUUCAGGAGCUGGAGAUGGAGCUGCAGGACAAGGAACAGGAACUGGAGAACCUGAGGAAGCAAGCAGAGAUCAUCCCUCAACUGAUGGCAGAGUGUGAGAGCAUCACAGAGAAACUACAGGCUGCUGAGGUGAAGAACAAGGACCUGGAGGAUAGGAUAGAGGGUCUUCAGGCCGACAUCGAGGACAGCCAGUCCAAGCAGGGCAACGUGAAGGGAGAGCUGAAGAAGUUCAUGGACGUCCUGGAUGGGAAGAUUGAUGAGCUGCACGAGUUCCGGCAGGGCCUGUCCAAACUAGGGGUGGAUAACUGAGGGAGGAAGGGACAGAGGAGAGGAGAGAGGGAUGGAGGGAUGACUAGUUAGUGAUGGAGGGUUAUAAAUACCUUCAGGACAGGACUCUGUGGCGCC